AUGCUCGAUUCGCUCACCAUCUUGGCCAUGGCCGCUGAAGCCGUCCAGCGGUCGGAGAGCCUGGAGAUGGAUCGAGAAUUCAUCGUUCGCAGACCUCGAACCUCCGACGUUCCUCUUCUCGCAGACGUCGAACGCUCUGCAGCUCAGCUUUUUCGCAAUACCGAUUUCGAGGCGUACGCUGAUGGUGCCACCCUCGACCCGUACGUCCUCGCCAGUCUGGCAAACGCAGGCUAUCUCUGGGUCGCAGCAGACAGAUUCGACCAUCCCAUUGGAUUCCUGGGGGGCAACUAUCUGAAUGGCCAUUUCCACAUAAUCGAGCUCUCCGUGGCAAAAUCCUACCAGGGGCGUGGCAUCGGCAGCGCGUUAAUGUCCACUAUGGUGCAGCAGAUUCGACUCGAAGGCUACAGAUCCAUCACCUUGACGACAUUCAAAGACCUGCCAUGGAGCGGAUGGUACGCACGCAUGGGAUUCGCCGAGGUGAAGGCACAGGAGAUGGGGAGAGAUUAUGAGAGACUGGUCGAGCGCGAGGCACAGCAUGGGCUCGAUCCAAAACGGCGCUCGCUGAUGCGCAGAGUGUUCUGA